CGGUGCGGAGGUACCUAGCUACGGUUACUGACUGAAACUUUCACUCUUAUCAAAAGCUGUGCGCGCACCUCACCUCAUCGCAUGUGACCGUGUUUACGCUCUAGAGUGUUUUGAAUACGCCCGGCUCUUUAACGUCUUUCCAGUGUUUGUUCUCCCCUUACAACAUUUUGCGGCUCAACUUCCUCGGGAAUUACUUUAAUUCGUAGGUAAUCAAACGCUUUCAUAAUGUCAAUUAUUAUGCUUUCGUGUCUAAACAAAAUUUAGGAUGUGUUCAUCGCAAAUACUUCAUGAAUGGCGCAUGCUGAAAUGUUUUAGAUUUUAUAUGUGAGACUCCGCUAGGAAAGGCCCGAGGAGCUAUGGCGGAUACCGGUAAAGUGACAAGUAACUCAUCAAACACCACUGGAGGCAGCAGAGAUACCCCAUCUCCACCACCAUUUCUGACCAAUGAGGAGGUGAAACGACAUUUGCACUGGAACACUUUGGUCCCGGCUACGGAGACACUCUUCGCAAAUGUAUCUCGUCACAACGAAUCAGUAAUCCAGCCACCACGGCUCAUUAUGCCGAUUUCACAGCAGAAUGCCGCACUCUUGUGCAUGCCAGCAUACCUAGCUGAAGAUAACGUACUAGCUUGCAAAGUAGUGACCAGUUUCAGAAAUAACGCUGCUCUUGGGUUGCCGUCAAUUCUGGCAACUGUCAUUUUAUUUGAUGGAAGCAACGGAGGAACAAAAAUGAUCAUGGAGGGCACAGAAAUAACAACGUGGCGAACUGCAGCAGCUUCCGUCGCUGCCACCAAAAAUCUCUUCAGAAGAAUUAAGGAUAAAGAUCUCGUCCUUGCCAUCAUGGGCUCUGGAGUUCAAGCUCAUAUCCACGCUCAAGCUUUCAUGUCUUAUUUCAGCAUUAAAGAGAUUAGAAUUUGGAACCACCGAUUUGCGGGAGCUGAAGCCCUCUGCAAACGCUUGGGUGACAUCGCAAAACCGUUUGCGGACAAAGAGGAGUGCGUUAAACCCGCUGAUUUAAUCGUGACUGCCACCUACUCGCCCACCCCCGUGGUUCACUACGACUGGCUCAAGUCGGACGCUCAUAUAAAUGCGGUCGGUUUUGGGGUGAGUCACCACUCGGAGCUGGACGAGAACACGUAUCGGAAGGCUUCCGUCUUUGUCGACAGUCUUGAUGGAGCAAAGCAAGAGCUGAAAAGCUUGCAUGAGGCCGGAAUCAAAUUCACUGAGGUCGGGGCUGUGAUAAAUGGCACCGAGAGGGUUCCUCCCAACGGCGGUGUCACCGUCUUCCAGUCGCUCGGAAUGGGUGGCGAGGACGCAAUAACGGCGAAGCUGAUUUUCAACGAUUACAUGAAACAUAAAAAUCAAGGAAAAUAAACUAUCAAUUCUUUGUCCGUCCAUUAAACAAAUGAAAAAAAUGUAAUAAUCAAAAUACAUUCUUCGCAUGUGCCAAAUUAUCAAAAUACUCAUAUAAUAUCUAUGUUGAAUAUAUUACAAUAAUACUACUUUACCCUAUACUUUAUGUGUAAUUUUCGAGGGAAGAAAUCCUUUUUUUUGAAGAACGUCGCCUAAACAGUGGCCAUCCUCAAAAAUUUCUUAUCCUCUUUUUAAAAAGUCUGAUUAUUGUCUUGUUAAUUAACUAAUAUGCAUGAUGUUACGAAAAGGGUAUGAAAUCAUUUUCUCGCCUUUGCACCCUCAUGCGGUCAAAAUUAUUAUUUACCACUCUAUUUUAUUUGCUUUUGUUAUAUUAUAUAUGUAAUAAAAAUUUCCCUCUUUCCCGGAA